GGAACCCAGAUUCCAGAGGGACGGAAGGAAUCAGCUGGACACUAUUGGCCUGGGCUGGACGCCUCCAUCCAUCCAACCCCAUUUACCUUCGCCUAGUUGAAUGACGACGCUUGCUCACAAGCAUAUCUCCUUUGUCAAGCCCUUCUCAGGGGCUGCCGUUGCUCAUUCAGUUUCUUCCAGAUCCUCUUGGUCGCCGCCUUGCUCGGUUUCUUCGCGACGACUUAAACUUGUCGUUCGAGCUUCGGCAAGAAGUCCCGUCAUCAUGACGUUCGAGAAGAUCGUUGUCGCCAAUCCCGUCGUGGAGAUGGACGGUGAUGAGAUGACGCGGAUAAUCUGGGAAAUGAUUAAGGAGAAGCUAAUCCUUCCCUUCCUAGCGCUCGACAUCAAGUACUUCGAUCUGGGUCUGCCUCAUCGCGACGCUACUGACGACAAGGUCACCGUUGAGGCCGCUGAGGCCACUCUGAAGUACAAUGUGGCCAUCAAGUGCGCGACCAUCACUCCAGAUGAAGCGCGCGUGAAGGAAUUCCACCUGAAGCAGAUGUGGAGGAGCCCUAACGGCACAAUCCGUAACAUUCUGAAUGGAACCGUGUUCCGUGAACCCAUCCUUAUGUCCAACAUCCCUCGGCUUGUGCCUUCAUGGAAGAAGCCCAUUACCAUUGGCCGUCACGCUUUUGGCGACCAGUAUAGGGCCACCGAUCUUGUGAUCCCUGGACCUGGAAAGCUCAAGCUGGUGUACGAGAAGGAGGGAGGUGAGCCUGAGGUACACGAGGUCUACAACUUCACGGGCGCUGGCGGUGUCGCUCUUGCAAUGUACAACACGGACGAGUCCAUCAGGGCGUUCGCUGAGUCGUCCAUGGCUCUGGCCUACGAGAAGAAGUGGCCGCUGUAUCUCAGCACAAAGAACACAAUUCUGAAGAAAUACGACGGAAGGUUCAAGGACAUUUUCCAGGAGGUGUACGACAAGGAGUGGAAGGCCAAGUUCGAAGCGGAGAAGAUCUGGUACGAGCACCGCCUGAUCGACGACAUGGUGGCCUACUGCAUGAAGAGUGACGGCGCGUACGUGUGGGCGUGCAAGAACUACGACGGCGACGUGCAGAGCGAUAUGCUUGCUCAAGGGUUUGGGUCGCUGGGUCUGAUGACCAGUGUGCUGGUGUGCCCGGACGGCAAGACCAUCGAGGCAGAGGCGGCGCACGGCACUGUGACCCGCCACUUCCGCGUGCACCAGAAGGGCGGCGAGACCAGCACCAACAGCAUCGCCUCCAUCUUCGCCUGGACCCGUGGUCUCGCUCACAGGGCUAAGCUCGAUGAGAACACCAAGCUGGCGGACUUCUGCAGCAAGCUGGAGGCAGCGUGUGUGUCCACGGUGGAGAGUGGCAAGAUGACCAAGGAUCUCGCCCUCAUCAUUCAUGGUCCCAAUGUGGCUCGCAAAGACUACCUCAACACGCAGGAGUUCAUUGAAGCAGUUGCUGAGAAGCUCAAGGAGUCUCUCGCGUAGAAGCUUCUAUGUUCCAAGCCCAGAGGCAUGAAUUGCGGCUUCUAGAAAUCAAAACAAGAAUAUCUCGUGGGUGUAGUUGCAACCCAGGCGUUAUAGGGCAGAGGCAGUGAAGCGCUGUUUUACACUGCUUCGUUUUUGCUGUGCUACAGCUGUGGCCUAGCUCACUGCUGCUGCAGAUCCAUGGAAUCUGUCUGGAAUGUAACAAGCUAGUGGCCUGGUUGAGAUGCAUGCGUGGAGUUUUCUCUAUGGGCUUGGAGAUUAUGUAGAAAAGUGCAUCC